GUGAUGUUACACUGGCAUACUUUUCAUGAAUUAAUCUGAUGUGACGCGUCGCGGGUCACACCUUCAUGUAUUUUUAAAAUGAAAUUUGAUUUUUAAAUAUCAUUGUAACGGAAUCCAUUACAUGGUUAUAUAUAAACGUAAAACUUCCUGUUUGUUGAGUACAAAGUGAUGGCUGGGUUAGAUGUAAACUUGUUGGUGUUUGGAAUGCUUGCACUCUUUUUCCAAAGUAACUGUAAAACCAACAGAGGAAUGUGUGGGCCACCACGAUUUGACGGAUCACCGUUCUGCUGUCCUUUCUUCUAUAUUGAUGGUGACCAGUGUGUAGAGUGCCUAGCGGGGUAUAAAACAGAUAAAAGAAACACCUGUACGGAGCCUUGUGAUUUUCCUGAUUAUGGUGCCUACUGUCAAAGUACUUGUAAUUGUUCUCAAGAAAAUUGUCAUCACGUCAACGGGUGCUCUGUGUUAGGUACCACAGCGAGUCUUGUAACUACAACAGAAACCACGCUCUUCAGUGCAAUUGGAACUAUUUCAGGUACCACAGCGAGUCUAGUAACUACAAUAGAAGCCACGCUCUGUAGUACAUGUAAGUACCCGAUGUAUAAAUGUUCCAUAGUCUAUUCUUCUCUCUUUGACACAAAUGAAGGGUUGAUAUAAUCAAUCUAGGAUGAUUGUCUAUGUGGUUUUUCAUUAUGAUAUCUUUAAACGUUAAUGAUCCAUCUUAUGAUUAUUGAUAUUAACUCUCGUCAAAAUCUGGAAAAGUUAUUUAAAUCACAUAUUUUACCACAUUGUUUGUUUUUGGAAUUGGGGCCAACGUUAAGUUUAAGAGAUUUUUUAUUCGUAUGAAUCAUGCAUUAGGCAUACAAUUUUAUCGAAUGAAUGUGUAGCGUCGACGUCAUUUGCAGAACGCCAAAUCAGGCAUGUAGAACUAGAUUUAAUAGACUUCCAUUUAGAGCGAAAAUGAAAAUGGCUGCUACCAAAUAUAUGGAUCAUUUGGCCAUAUCUGAAAAUCCACAGGCACAUGAUUAUUCUUAUUCUAUCAAUACAUGUGUCAAUAUAUUAAAUCCUAUAUCAAGUGUGUAUUGAUUUAGAUACCACUGAGUUGUUAUUCCUGAUUCAAAAUUUCAACUCAGUUCCUUUCAAAACCACAUUUAAUGUUAUAAUACAUCAGACAUGCUUUGGACCAAAUUCCUCAGCUACAAUACGCAGAGAGGAAGGACAGAUCUUAUAUCUGGCUGGCGUAUAUGAUAUAUUGGCUUAACGCCCAUAUACUGUUGGUGAUUUUAUCUACAUUGGCAAAAUUGAGUUCCUACAGUCGUGAGAUUUCAAGGAGAGGACACAGCAAAAUAGAUAUUGUAAUUUCGGCUCCUAUUUUUAAACUGUGUCGAAUAUACAAUAUUGUUAUGGAUAAAACAAAAGUAAUGAUAACGAACAGUAAUCCAUCUCAGAAAUCCUAUAAAGAAUACAAAAUAGAGAGAUGGGCAAACACGGACCCCUGGACACACCAGAGGUAGGAUCAGGUGCCUGGGAGGAGUAAAUAUCCCUGUUGAUGGGUCACACUCGCAUCGAACCCUUUGUUAUGGAAAACGAUCACUACUUGCGUUGUUUUACUAAUAUAUCUAAGACUCGGUCAGAUAUAUCAAUGAAAUAUUUUUAUAUUCCCAAAACGUAGAUACACGUAUACGGCAUAUGCCAGUAGGGAAGACUUUGAUGAAUAUCCAGACAACAAUUUUACCCCUGUAGAAUUAUCUAUAUAUCAAAGUAUUUAUUUCCCUAAGUGUAUACUGUUUUCUGGAUUAUCAGAAAUCAUUUUAGAUAAUAAAGAAAAUUAUUUACAUUUGAAGAAUUCGCGAGCGCGUUAAUGGCAUGCAUCACGUAAACAGCAUAUCGGGGCAUACAUUUCAAAAUUAAAAAUGGAGGUAAGUAGCUACUAUAUUACAAUUCUCUGGAUCAUUCUGUCUACACCAUGAAUGUGAGAAUUCGGAUAGGGGGACUACCAUCACAUUAACAGCCCGCCAUUUCAAGAUUUGAUGGUUCCAUGUUGUGCUGUACUUUCUUCUAUGCUGGUGUUGACCAGCAUGUAGGUAAGUUGUAUACUAUCAACAUUCAUUGACUUUGUUCUCAUAAUUAUUCCUCUAAAAUCUCUUAUUAUCAAACGAAAAACAGUAUUUUAUUAUUGAAAAACAACAACAAAAAACCCACAAAAAAUUAUGUAAAAUAAAUGAGAGAUUGUACUGAUCACUAUUUCGAUGGUGAAAAUAAUCUUGAAGAUAAUAGAAAGUGUAUAUAUCAAAUAGACUUGUCGGUGUUUUGCCAGUAAUCUCUAAACUUUUUAACGAGCCAUUCACAUACAACUUUUUGAAUAUUUCAAAUUCAUUCUACACACUUUCAUUUUAGAUUGCAGAUAUGGGUAUGGAAUCCAUCUUGCUUAGGAAAAUUGGAAGAGGACAUUAGAUUGGAACAAGUAUGUAGGGAUCAUCCUUAUGGAUCUC